AUGGUGGAUGGUGAGAAGAAGGCAGCGAUAGGCUACAUCUAUGAGACAAUGAAGAAGAUAAAAGAGGCGAUCAAGAAGCCAUUGCAUGCAGCUGGAUACUUUCUUAAUCCAUGCAUCUUCUAUGAUAACAAGGAGUUGAUGUUUGAUAGUGAGGUGACUACAAGGUUAUAUGCAUGUUUUAAUCGAUUGGCGAAAUCAAAAGCAGAGGAAGAUAGGGCGUUUCAAGAGUUGAAUGUGUACACAUCCGCCGGAGGCGACUUCUUUGGUACCGAGGCUGCGCACCGGCAAAGGAAGAUCGUACAUCCUGCAGCGAAGCAGCCUAGGUUGGACAUUGACGAAGCGGUGGAUGAUGUUCUUCCAAUUGCGAUUGCGCAAAAAUUCAGGGAGAGAUUGGCUGAGCAAAGGGCCGAGACGAGUACCUCUCAUGAAGACGCAGAGAAAAGGAAGCCGAUGGGGAAGAAAGAACAAGCUUAUAUUCUCAAUGAUAUUGAUGAGUGCAAUGAGUGGUUAGUUGGGGAGUUGAAUGAUGAUGAUGAUGAUGAUGAUGAUGAUGAUGAUGAUAUUGAUGGUAGUAAUAAUUUGGUUCAUGAUGAUGGUGAUACACUUGAUUGGAACAUGGUGUAUAAGGCUUCGGGCGUUGGAGAGCCUAGGACAUACACUAGGUCAAAGAAAAGGAAAGAAUCUUCUGCACCUAGUUCAAGUUGUCUUAGAUACUCUAAGAAAAAAGAACCUACCAUACCUAGAAAAGGGAAAGGGAAAGGGAAAAGGCUUGAGCUUGUAGAUGAAGAAUCGGAAGAGGAAGAAUUUGAGGAUAGUGUAAGUGGAGGUCAAGAGGAUGAAGCAAUGGAGGCCAAUGAUGAAGAUGAAAUGGAUGCCGAUGAUAGUGAUGAGGAUGACCUAGAAGACUAUGUUGAGCUUGAUGAUUGA